AUGACGAACCCCGUCGAUCCGGCGUUAGCCUCGUCGUUAUCCGCCCCGGCUUCUGAAGUGCAUGCUCAGCAGCGCCAGUCGGAGGCUCCCUCGAACCCCUCGCAACCGCAACCACAACAACAACAGACCCAACCCUCGAAAGAAUCCGGUAAACCAAAGAAAGAAAAGAAAGAAGCAAAGCCCAAAGACACCAAAGACACCAAAGACGCAACCCCCACGACCGACGGGCCCGAAAAGUUGACGGGCGCAGAGCUGAAGAAACGCGCCAAAGCUGAAAAAGCCGCUCGCAGAGCAAAGGAGAAGUCUGAUCGCGAGGCCGGUGGUGCACCUGCGCCUGCUGGUGGUCCUGCUGCUGGCGCUGGUGGUGCUGGUCAACCCGCUACGCCGAAGAAGGGGCAACCUGCUGGAGGAGCUGCUGCUGGCGGAGACAAAGGACGAGGGUUACCCCGUCGACCGUCUGGGCAGGCGUCGGGCCAACCCAGCUCUGCGGAGCAGAAGAAGAAGGCCGAGGAGAAGAAUGUUGCGGUGUUUGGACAUUUGUAUGGACAGCAGCGGCGGGCGACGGUUGCAGGCGCUGGGAAAGAAGUGCAUCCGGCUGUUUUGGCGUUGGGAUUGCAGAUGAGGGACUAUGUGGUUUGUGGGAGCAGCGCGCGUUGUGUGGCUACGUUGUUGGCUUUUAAGAGGGUGAUCGAAGCGUAUACGACUCCCCUCGGAACCUCGCUGUCGCGCCAUCUUACGACCCAUUUGUCUCAUCAGAUCACCUACCUCUCGACAUGUCGUCCCCUCUCUAUUAGUCAGGGAAAUGCUAUUCGUGCCCUUAAGCUGGCCAUCGCCUCGAUUGACCCGUCCGUGCCCGAAUCAGACGCCAAGGAAACGCUUUGCGAGUUUAUCGACAGCUUCAUCCGCGAGAAGAUCACUGUGGCCGACCAAGUGGUUGCCGGAAGCGCGGCGCAGAAGAUCCAGAAUGGCGACGUGAUUGUCACAUUUGCCGGUAGCUCGCUCGUCAAGCAGACGCUGCUGAACGCACACAAGCAGGGCAAGAAGUUCCGCGUGUCCAUCAUCGACUCCCGCCCGCUGUUCGAGGGCAAGAACCUCGCUCGCGCGCUGGCCAACGCCGGUCUGGACGUGCAGUACUCGCUCAUGAACGGCAUCAGCCACGCCAUCAAAGACGCAACCAAGGUCUUCCUGGGCGCGCACGCCAUGACCAGUAACGGACGGCUGUACUCGCGCGUCGGCACUGCACUCGUCGCCAUGUCCGCCAAGGAACGCGCCGGUGGUGUCGAAGUCCCCGUCAUUGUCUGCUGCGAGACAGUCAAGUUCACCGACCGCGUCGCGCUGGACAGCAUCGUCGUCAACGAAAUCGCCGACGCAGACGAGAUGGUCACCACACAGCCCCCGCAGCAAGUCACCGGCUUACCGGACCCUGCCGCGGCCGCUGCAGCCGCAGCCGCAGAGUCCUCGUCUGACAACAAGAAGAAAGCUAGCAAGACUCCUGUCCCGCCUACGAAUGCAAGCCCGCUGGAACCCAACCCGGCAUUGAAGCAUGCGUCGUCGCCACUGAAGGACUGGAGGGACACGCCUAAUCUGCAACUAUUGAACCUCAUGUACGACGUGACACCGGCUGAGUAUGUUGAUAUGGUUGUUACGGAGAUGGGCAGUUUGCCUCCUAGUGCUGUUCCAAUUGUGCAUCGGAUGAGUACUAGUCUUUAG